AAUAAAAUAAUAUAAAAGUACAGAAAAGCCCCAAAAAUUUUACCAAACCCUAAUUUCUCACUCCGAAACAGACGUUCUUCAAGACUUUUUCCCUCCUCUCCUCUUCUUCUUUUCCUCUUUCUCUCUCAACAAAAAUACAACUCCUCUUUCCCUCAUCGUCUCUGUAUCUCUCUUCGCUUCUCUAUGGAAUUUUGUUUAUUGAUAACAUAGUAGACGUCCGAUCUGGGAGUAUUCGGUUCAGAUCUGUGACGAGGAUUGAGAUUUCCGACCUCACGCGCCGAGAUCUGGGUGAUACGCGCCGAGAUCAGUUUAAAGGAGGUAUGGUAGUGAAUGGUAGGCCGAUGAAGAGGUUGAAGAGGAGAGUAACGGCAGACCUCAACGAUUUCCUUACCUUUCCCGACGACGGUAAUACCGCCGGUACGGGACCGUUCAGGACGACGGUGAAGGAGUUUUUAUCGAAACAUGCGCUUUUGCCGCCGCCUUCUUCGUUGUUUCCUCACCUUCUGACGUGGCAGAUCCUCUUCCGCGUCGGAGACCUCACUGACGGCGACGGUAACGGCAACGGCGACUCUUCUCCGUCUGUUGUCUGCCUCGAUGUUAUCGAAGAAGACGUCGCCAGAUGUAGAUCCGUUUAUUGCGACCAGUGCCGAGUCGUUGGUUGGAGCAGUAAUCCAGUUUGUGCAAAGCGUUUCCAUUUUAUUAUUAAGGCUGAUGGAAACUCAGUUGGGGGUUAUAACAAAUCCUGUGCUGGGUGUGGUGAAGCCCUUCACUUAUCCGAGGCUAGGUGCAAGUCAUGCAAUCAUGUCAUGACCACAGAAGAUGUUGAAGAUUGGAUGUAUCAUCAGUUAGAGGAUACCAGUCAUCUUCUGCAUGGUGUGAUUCAUGCCAAUGGCUAUGGACAUCUUCUCAGGGUAAACGGUAGAGAAGGUGGAUCCAGGGUGCUUUCUGGAAGUCAUAUAAUGAAUUUCUGGGAUAGGCUCUGUAAAGUCCUUGGAGCAAGAAAAAUCAGCGUGAUGGAUGUUUCAAAGAAGUAUGGUUUGGAAUUACGCCUAAUGCAUGCCAUCACAAAAGGUCACCCAUGGUAUGGUAAAUGGGAUUAUCAGUUUGGCGCUGGUAGUUUUGCUCUGACUCAAGAUUCUUAUAGACAAGCUGUAGAGAACCUUUCUUCUCUGCCCUUGACCAUCUUUCUAUCUCAAGGACGGAAGCCUCGCACUCGUCUGCAGGACUUGAUUUCAUUUUAUCAGUCCUUGUCAGAUAGUGAACUUGUAAAUAUUAGAGACCUUUUUCUUUUCUUAACUAGUUCAAUCCGUGAUGCCCAUAAACCUGGCUCAGGAGCUGAUGAGGUCACCUGUAAGAAGCGUAAAACUUGCAACUCCAAGGUCUUAUGUGCAUGGACCAGUACUGACAUUUUACGUGUUGAAGAAGCAAUGUUUAGAGUACUACGGGCUGUCUCUGGGCCCAAUUGGGUGAGCUGGCGUGCUCUUAGAGGUGCUGUGUGUAAAGCGGGUCCUCCUGAACUCCUUGAUUAUUGCCUAAAGGCACUCCAUGGAAAGCAGGCAGCUGACGGACUGGUUGUCAAUUCCCGCAGCGUUUCUGGUUCUGGUGCUAUGGAGUAUAAAAUUGAGCGUUGCAACUCAAUGGUUAAUGUGAAUACAAAAGAGAAUGGAUUGCCUUGUACUCCGAACCUCCCAUCUGAGGAACAUCUGCGUCGAGAUCUGAAGUACUUGUACGAUUGCAUGCUAAACCCAUCGACAAUGUCUAAUCAUGUUCCCUUAAUCAAAAGGGUAGUGGCAGUUGACUCUGCUACUACCGUUCUUGAUUGCAAGCAAUUUUUGAAGGUAUAUCAGCCUGAAAGAUUCUUGCCUAUCCCAAAAUCAGAUGCAAUCCAAGUACUAUGUGAGGUGGACAUCAUGGAACAAUCUGAUGUACAUUCCAGAAACCCUCCUCCGGAAUUAUUGAUUCUCCCCUCGGAUGCUACCAUUUCUGACUUGAAGGCAGAGGCAUCAAGGACAUUUCAAGAUGUAUACUUGAUGUUCAGAAGAUUCCAAGCUGAUGAGCUAGUUGGAUAUGGUGGUGUGAAUGAAUCUACUCAGGUCAAACUCCUUCUAGGAUCUGCUGAAUUUGUUACAGUCAGAGGAAAAUUCUUGGGGAAAAAUGGGCUGAGUAAGUAUAGAAUGGAAAGAGGAAUGGAGAGAUGGACUGUAGAUUGCUUCUGUGGAGCAAAGGAUGAUGACGGAGAGAGGAUGUUAGCUUGUGAUGUAUGCAGUGUUUGGCAGCACACCAGAUGUGCCGGUAUCCCCGACUUGGAUGCUGUUCCUGCCAAGUUCAUUUGUCUUAGGUGCAGAUGUCUUAGUAAGACUAUGAAUACAAGCGGUAAUUGUAAGGAUGAAUCAGUUGCUGGUGUGGGAUUAGGGAAGAACCUGGCUCAUGUUGUCUAGAGCGUGCUGGGAUUUUUAAUAAUGCUGUAAUAUGUGGGUUCAAUUAUUGAAUUGAGACCUGAUCAAGCAUAUAAUGUAAUACCAAGUCUUAAUUAUGGCUUUGGAGAGUAAUGGUGUAUGAGAUUGGAGGAAGGCUCUAUUUGAGUAAAUGGGGGUCUCAGUUCUUGCUUGCAUCAUUGGUGCUGAGAAUAUUUUGCAGAAUCUAGGAUGUUCAUGGGUGAAAUUUUGAACUACCAGUCGAACUUUUAAAACUUGGAAGAUCUAAGAUGUUGUGAUCAGCCAACUCCCUCCUAAUCAAAGAUGAUUUUACGAUGUCUGGACUUCUAUAUGUGAUUUUUGAAAUUUUGCUGGUGACAACACAAUUCAUCUUCUUCCUGAGUUGUGUUUCCAGGAUACAGGCUAGCAUGCUAAUGAGGACUAGCCUGUGCUGCAAUUAACUGAAUUUAGGCAAAGAUAAGCAUACAGGGAGGGUUUAUCAAGUUUUUCAACAAAGCGUCAUUUGGCUUCUUACAUUCCAAUGUGGAGACAAACAAGUGCUGUCUGAGCGUUGAUAGAGUUCACAAGAUACGUGCAGAACAAUCGUGCUGAUAAUGUAUAUAACUCCUUUUCUUUUUUAAAUACCCUCGAUGUCAAAGAUGUGGCAAGCUAAAGAAUGUAAGUUUGCUUUACAUUCGAGGAGUAUUUUUACAAUCGUGUGUUGGUUGAGACGUGUGUAUCUGUGUGAAUUUCUAGCCAUAUUUACGCAAUGAGGACUAGCCUCUACUCAAAUGUCAUUUCUCUCUAUUUAAUGGAAUUAGAAACAGUGGAACAAUGCUUUUUCCUUAUAUUCAGAAAUGUACAUUAUGAUGGUGCUUAUGUUGCCUUCAUAAA